UAGCGAGGCCAACCCUCGACAGUACAGCUGUUUACAACGUUGCAUACAUCUACGUGCGUAAUUCGUCCACGCUCCACUCGCAAGGCAUCGGACAGAUGCUGCCUGUGACACCGGUGCAAGUCGUAUGAUCGCAACACACGCGUGAAACGCGACAAAACCUGCGCUCGACGAGUCAUUUCGUGCAGCGAGGAUUGCAUUCAGCCUCACUCGUUUGUCACCAAGCACGCAAGGCGAAUCGACUCCAAUCGCAGCAGGCGAGGAGCUGGUUUGAAAGCGCAUCGAGAGGGCGUCUAAUGCUCAAAGGGCACGAUGGCUUACUACAAUCGCGCGGGCGGAUCGCAAAGGAGGGAUGAUCCCGAUCCAGAUGAGAUCGAGCUGGUAAAUUUUGACGAAGAGUCUAGCAAGGAUGUGAUACUUUUCCUCAUCGAUGCUGGCAAGCGCAUGCAGGACACUCUGGUCCCUUCCACAGCAACAGAGAACGCAGUGCCUGGCAGCAGCCUCGGUGCGGUCAAGAUGGACGAGAAUGCACCACGAGUCAGUCUGUUGCAUCGAGCGCUGGAAGGUGCAGUCAGCCUGAUGCGCAACAAGCUAGUCGCAUCACCGCGAGAUCUGGUGGGGAUCAUGCUCUAUAAUACAGAAGACACGAGCAUGGCAGAGUUGGGAAAGACAUCCAUUUACGAACACACGUACAUGGUCGAGCCGGUCGGCAUGGUCGAUAUCGGCAAUCUCGCAGGCUUGAUCGAUGAUCUCGACCUGUCGAGGGAAGACCCUACCUACUUGCGAACCCGCUACAAGCCCAUGGUCACCGAGAUGCGCAUUCAUCAUGCAUGGAUGAAUGCAGGUGCCAUCAUCAAACAAUACGCCAAGACGGGAAGCAAGCGCAUCUUUUUUGUCACGCAAAACGACGACCCUUAUGCCGGCAAGAUGAAUAGAGACGGGGUGGGAAGGCACUUGGCAGAUAUGGUGCGGGAGAUGGCAAAGAGACAGGUCGAGUUCGAGCCUUUUCUGCUAGAGACGGACAAUCAACCUUUCGAUAUCGGCAAAUUCUGGGGCCCCAUAUUCGCUGCAGGUUUUCAGGAUGGCAACAUGUCUGCAUCAUCCAUGUCUCGCUCGCAGACGCCGGCAGACCUUGGUCAGGGACCACGCGCGCUCAAGCUGGAAGAUCUCGAUGAACACGUCGCCAAGACUCACACUCCCAAGCGCGUCAACUUCCGUGGUCCAAUGAAGUUCGGGGGAGGGUGCACCAUUGGCGUCAAAGGAUAUGGGAUGGUCAAAAAGGCCGAAAAGGGAAACCCUAUCAAAGUGAUGGAGGACAAGUCAGCCGAGUCAGACGGUGGACCCAUGUCGUAUCUCGAGAUUGACGUCCGAACCGAGCAGUGGUGCAAGGACACUGGACGCACGCUCAAUCCGUCGGAGAUUGAGACUGCCUUCAGCUUCGGAACAGACUCUUCUUUGAGGUCCAAAGUGCGCUUCAGUCCGGCUGAGGUGAAGCGGCUGAGGACCUUUGGGCAAAAGCCGGGCAUUGAGAUCUUGGGCUUCAAACCCAACACAGAGGAUUCGCUGUCCUACCGCGAUAAUAUCAAGAUCUCCUACUUUCUCUACCCCUUCGACGAGGCGUGGAGAAAUUCGAAGCGCUUCUUCAGCGCUCUGCUGAGCUCGAUGAUCAGGAAAAAUGUCAUGGCCAUUGGCAUCUUCAUGCGCGUGCAAGGUCAACAACCAGUGUUCUGCGCUAUUUUGCCGCAGACCGAAGAACGCGAGAGGGGCAUUUCGCCCGGCAUGCAUCUCAUUCCUCUGCCAUUUGCGGACGAUAUCCGGGACCUGCCCGAAAAGCAUGCUGGUGCUCUUGAGGCUGAGCAAGCACAAGUCGAGGCGGCCAAGGCCAUCAUCAAGGCGUACAGCAAGGCGAAAGAGUUCCAGCCUGAAGACUUUCCAAAUCCUGCUCUGGCGCACCAUUACGAGGUCUUGAUCAACACGGCGCUUGGAAAACCGCUACCCGGAAGCGGCGAUAUGGUGGAUGCUACCAUUCCAAAUUACGCUGGCAUAAAAAAGCGCGUCGGCCCUCGCAUCGCCCAGUUCAACGACUUGAUAGGCAACGAUGGAAGAACUGACGUCGUUUUUGCCCCGAGCGGCAGAGGAGGUGCUGCUGUGGCGAGCUUCUCGUCAGCAGAUCAAACCAAGCUCUUGGAGCGCCACGCCAACGAACAGAUCGCAGCAAUGAAGGUAGACGAUCUCAAGGCUGCGCUCGAUUUCUACAGACAGCCAAAGUCGGGUCGCAAAGCUGAGCUGGUGGAGAGGUUGGAGCAGUAUCUCGACAAGCUGGUCGCCAAGAAACAAGCUAGCGGCUAGUCACACGGAGAUCGACCGCAGCAACUUCCCUUCGAACACGACCGCGCAAUGACACCUUGUACAAAUAUCGCUCGAGCAUGAACAGCUUCACACCUCACGCCAGCGUUGAGGGGGGACAACUUGAAAUUAGAUUUCGAGCUUGAUAAGCUUUAGAGAUGAGAGCUUGACUAGUGAUACAGCUGAUAAAUGAUAC